CCACCGUCUUUCAAAGAAGAAAAAAAAAUUAGAAGCCUGCAAUUGUGAAACAUGUAAAUCUCUUCUGGACUCAAGCCCAUCACUGUGGUUUGGCAACAUGAUCGGCACAACAUCUCUUUUCUCAUCUCUUGAAAAAAAAAGGCAGAGAAAAAAAAUACCUUGAGAAUAAAGGUAAUGAUUAAUCUAUCAGGCACCAAAAAAAGGUUUGUUUUGAAGAUUUCAGGUUCUAACUCGCAAAUUCAGUUAAACAGCAGUGAACAGGGAAUGAUAGUUUUAGCAGAAGGAUUAAGUCACAAGCUGUAAUAGGGAGUGUUGGUUGGUACGGCCAGAGAAUCUCACCAGACAUCUCCAAGAGUCUCCGCAGUUGUCAAAACUUCCGUAUUACAAGCCAGUGAAAUAGAAAUCUGAAGAACUAAGUAUCCAUCAGAAGAGUGGUCCUUGGAGGAUUCCCAAGAUGCAGCCUGAGAAGGGAUACAAAAGGAAAAGCUUUAAACAGAGACUGGUCUUAAAGAGCAGCUUAGCUAAAGAAACACUCUCCGAGUUCCUGGGCACAUUUGUGAUGAUUGUUCUUGGAUGUGGCUCUGUUGCCCAAGCUAUCCUCAGCCGAGGACAUUUUGGAGGAAUUGUCACUAUUAAUGUUGGCUUUGCAAUGGCAGUAGUAAUGGCCAUUUAUGUAACUGGAGGUGUCUCGGGUGGCCACAUCAACCCAGCUGUGUCUUUUGCCAUGUGUGUGUUUGGGCGAAUGAAAUGGUACAAAUUUCCCUUUUAUGUAGGAGCCCAGUUUUUGGGAGCCUUUGCAGGGGCUGCCACCCUCUUUGGCGUUUAUUAUGAUGGACUUAUGUCUUUUGCUGGUGGAAAAUUGCUCAUCACUGGAGAAAAUGCAACUGCUCAAAUUUUUGCAACAUACCCAUCUCCAUAUCUAUCUCUGACAAAUGCAUUUGCAGACCAAGUGGUUGCCACCAUGUUCCUGCUCAUGGUUGUCUUUGCUAUUUUUGAUUCCAAAAACUUGGGAGUGCCCAAAGGUCUAGAACCCAUUGCCAUUGGUCUCUUGAUUGUUGUCAUCUCUUCAUCUUUGGGACUGAACAGUGGCUGUGCCAUGAACCCAGCUCGAGACCUGAGUCCAAGAUUUUUCACUGCUUUGGCAGGAUGGGGGUUUGAGGUCUUCACAUUUGGAAAUAACUUCUGGUGGAUUCCAGUGGUGGGUCCUUUGGUUGGCGCCGCUAUUGGAGGACUUAUCUAUGUUCUUUUCAUUGAAAUUCACCAUCCCGACCCAAACUUCAAGACCGAGCCCUCUGAGGACAUACCAGAAAAAUAUGAACUGAGUGUGAUAAUGUAGUGGUAUGGUGAAUUCUGCCUGGGUUUGUGGCUCACUGAGCUAGUGCUCUCUUCAGAAAAUAUGACAUCCAGGUAUUUAUGUUUUCAUAUAUGUAAGAUGGAAUCUAUGCAGUUUCCUCUGCUAGUCCUGGAGGAUCCCAACUAGAAAGUCAUCUGAAUGAAGAUUGAAAACACUGAUCCCUUACCUAUCAGCUUCCCUCCCAAAUAUCCCUGAUGUUCCCUGAUUCAGUCUCUCUCCUACAGUUUAAUACUUUGAUGAGAAUCCUUAUUGCUGGAUGAGUGAUAAUAACUUGGAACCUUGACCAUGAACUAAUUUGAAGAAAUAACAUCACCAAAAGCCUUGUUUGCCAUAUCCACAAUAUUGUAUGCUGAGUGUCUAUUCAGAACAUCUGAUGGACUAAAAGACAAAA